AUGUCCUGUCUUUCGUCGCCUCCAGGUGACCACCGAUCCAUCACCUCCAGACCCAAACUCACCCUACAAACCACCUCCCUUCCACGAACUUUCGGCAGUUCCACCACCGGCCUCUCUCUCUCCUUCGCAGCCGGAACCGCAUCGCCGACCGUUCGAAACACAUUUAAGAACGCUUACGAUGUCGCCUCCCCCGCCUCCGCGACAAGUUCGCCUUCCUCGAAGGCCCCUCCCAGCCUUCGAUUCAACAGCAACAAGCCCAUCUCUCCUUACGUCCACCAUGCGAACAACAACCCCAACUCUUUCAGCUACCGAAGCCCAUACCAACUCCCACUAGGCGUACGCAGCAUCCUACGCAACUCCCCGCUUGAAUCAACCUCGCGGCGUCGCUCUGGAUCCAUCUCCGCAGGCACCAGCGGGCCCGGCGGCGCAGGCGCACGCCGGGUUUUCUUCCCCGCCAAGAAGCAAGUCAGCUACCGGAAUCCACUCGAGGAGGAGAUCCGCACCGAGCGCUACACGGCGCAGCACCUAGACCUGUUCCAAGAAGAGGAGACCAUCGAGGCUGUGCACGGCAAGGCAGACCCCAUCGCAGAAGAACCAAACCCCGAAUCUGCCGAGGACGACGACUCUGAUUCAGCCAGUUUGCUGUCUCUUUCCGAGACGAGCAGUGCCUCGAGCGACGAGGUGAGCCCGAAUGAUGGCGUCGCCAAUACUCCGCUGUCCAAGACAGAGCGCAAAAAGCGACGCACCAUGCGCGCUGAGCGACAAGUCCGAGCCGUCGCACUCCUCGACGGCUUCGACACAGAUCCCUACGCCUCGUCUACACCACAGACUCCCCGCCAGGGUCGACUCAAACGGCGGCGCGAGUGGAGGUGGACGCUAGGCCCUAUCAGCGCCAGCUCUGACGAUGUUCAUCCCGAGGUACCGAUGCAAAUACUUGCGCCUCAGCCGGUUGAUCCCCCGCCUGACAAGCCACCUGGCAAAUGA